AGAGAGCCGCUGAAUGCAAAUGAAGUAGACAACAACAAAGGACCGCGUGCUAAGUGAUACAGUCAUACACGGGGACGAUUUGAAUAUACGCGUAUGAAAAUCACUCGCACUUUGCCCAAUGGGCGCGGCAAUCUAGCCGUCCCUAGUAAAAUCACAUGUUAAUGAACAAUUAGGUCCACAAAUAACACUACAGAGGCCUUGCUCGCGGGCAUCAAAGUGGAAGUUGACACCUCUUUCUUGGCAGGGCUACGGCUAUGGUGCACGGUCAAAUGUAUGGGGCAUACCGCCCUGCCGACAUCUUGGCGUCCCUGGGCGGAUUGCCUGUCUGUGGACAGUUUAUAUCAUCUCAGGGAUCAAACCAGACUGUUGGCACGAUGAAUAUUGAGAAAUGUGCCCACGUGCACGGUACACAACGCUUGAAAAGGGACACUGUCUUCUCCAAUACACAGGUUUUGUACAUGACAGGGAAUGCCAAUAGAAAACACUGGCUUGUCAGACCCUUUAAUAAAGAUGGCAGGAGGUGAUUCCUCAGAUGUACAGAAAAUGAGGGAGGGGGCAGAAUCUGAGGAUGAUGGUACCACAGCUAAUGGGUCAGUGAAUGGGAUAGAUUUUGUUAGUCAAACAUCAGGACUGAGUCAACAACUACAGGACCAGCAUGCACUGCACCAGAGUUCUCAACAGCAGCCUCAACCACAGGUUCUGUAUAUCAAUCCCCAUGUACACGCAGCACAACUACAGCAAGAGGCAAAUCAAGCUGCAGCACAACAGACAUCAUUAAACCUGGAAGUGAAAAAUGAGGACUUGGAGCAAUCACAGCAGCAGCAAGAAACACAAGCACCGCACCAACAGCAGCAGCAGCCGCAGCAACAGGUGCAGAAUGUGUCACAAUUGCAGCUGACACAGCACCAGCAGCAGCAGCUGCUCAACCAGGCCCAGCUUGUUCUGCAGCAGCAGGUGCAGCAGGGAACCCUUCUGGCAGCCAUCCAGCCGCAGGUUAGCCAGCAGCACCAGCAGCCGCAACAGCAGCAGCAGGCUGUGCAGCCACAACAGUUCCUGACUGUACAGAACCCACAGAUAGCUGUCACACCGCAGACUACCACCUCAGCCAUCCAGCUGACAGCUGCAGACCUGAGUCAGCUGCAGCAGCUGCAGCAGCAGAACCUCAACCUGCAGCAGUACGUGUUGUUCCAGCCUGGACAGCUUGGCAAUGGUCAGUUUUUCCUGGCUCAGCCCCAAAUGCCAGGAAUUCAACAGGUACAGCAGAUCGCACCUCAAGUGACUCAAACGCAGGCCCAGCCCACCACUCAGCAGACUACCACGGUGGCUGCCCAGCCCACCAUUGUACAGACCCAGCAGGGAACAGCCAUCCUGCAGACGUCACAGCAGCAGAUUCCACAGCAGAACAUUCUGCAGGUCGCCACCACACAGGGUGUGUCCACCAUGGGCCAGCAAGUACUGACUCUCUCACAGGCCCAGCUACCAGUGACCACUCACACUCAGCCACAAAUACAGACCAUACAGAUCCAGAAGUCAGCAGUGACAUCUUCAGGCCCUUCUGGAGAUGAGCCCAGUCAGCUGGAGGAGUUGGAACAGUUUGCCAAGAUGUUUAAACAAAGGCGCAUCAAGCUUGGCUUCACUCAGGGAGAUGUUGGCCUCGCCAUGGGAAAACUGUAUGGGAACGAUUUCAGUCAGACCACCAUCUCACGGUUUGAGGCCCUCAACCUGAGCUUCAAGAACAUGUGCAAGUUGAAGCCCCUGCUGGAGAAAUGGCUACAGGAUGCCGACUCCAGCAUGGCCAACCCUGGGGCACUAGGGAGUCCCCAUGGAAGCAUUGAAAUGCUGGGCAGGAGACGGAAGAAAAGAACCAGCAUUGAGACCAAUGUUAGGGUUGCUUUGGAAAAAGCAUUCAUCCAGAAUCCCAAACCCACCUCAGAGGAGAUCGGAAUCAUAGCAGAACAGCUAGGAAUGGAGAAAGAGGUGGUCAGGGUCUGGUUCUGUAACCGGCGACAGAAGGAGAAGCGGAUCAACCCACAGUCUUCCCUCAACCAAGCAGACACAAUUGUCACCUCACCGAUUUCAACCAACGUGGGCUCUACCGUUGCCUCAACUGUUGGCACCACUAUUGGUUCACCUAUAGCAUCCACAAUUGGUUCUCCCAUAGGUUCAACUAUGGGGUCACAAAUUGGGUCCACCCUUAGCCCACAGAUAGGUUCCACCAUAGGUGCACAGGUGAGUUCCACCUUAGGUGCACAGGCAGGUUCCACUGUUGGUUCACCUUUAGGGUCUACCAUUGGUUCCCAUGUUGUGUCCUCGAUUGGUUCACCUAUAGGGUCCACCAUUGGUUCCCAUGUUGUGUCAUCAAUUGGCUCCCCUAUAGGGUCCUCUGUUGGCUCUCAUGCAGUUUCUACCAUUGGGUCACCAUUAGGGUCUACGAUUGGUUCCCAUGUAGUUUCCACCAUUGGCCCUGCUGUUGGCUCGCAGGUAGUGUCCACUAUUGAUUCUGCAGUAGGUUCCACCCUCGGCUCACAGGCGGUCUCCACUAUUGGCACCCCAGUCGGGACAACGAUUAGUCCAAGUGUGACCUCGACUGUUGGUUCGACAGUUUCAACCUUGGGAUCGCCCAUUUCAAGCCUGGGGUCUCAAGGUGUCGGGAUUCCCCACACCACCUUUACAGUUACUCAGAUUCAGCAGAGCCCACCAAAGACUCAGCCACAGACAUUGGCACAAACACAGUAGUGAAGGGUAGAGAUUAAAACUGGUGUUGUUUGGUCUUUUAUUGUAAACCAGUUACAUGGAGGCAUUUGAGAUGCUGCUCCAACAAUGUCUCGACUGUCAAAUGUUAACGUGGAGUCUUGUACUUGAGUUUUUAUGUCAGACAUUCAGAAAGCUAGAUUACCAGUGGCAAUAUAAACGCCACAUGAAUUCUGAAUGCAUCGACUUUCUUUUCGACAUUUAGAUGUAAGGGCAAGAUUAUGGACCAGCUGGGCUUUCCAAAACAACUGAUGGAUUUUAAACCCAACACUAGCAAAGUUGUGUUGUGUUGUUUAGUUGGUCAAUCUCAUGUGGUAUGACGUGGUGGCAAAGAUGCAUUGUCUCCUGUCCUCACCUGUACACAUUUUUUACUACCAGUAUUUUGUACUUGUUGAAAAGAUGGUGUUCUGGGGAUAGUGUAAUGUUUACAGUAUUGUGUAUCAGUGCUGUGUAUCCAGUUAUAAAUGGUGAUGUAUUAGGUGUAUGGUAUUGAUGUAUUUCUAAUAAGUAUGAUAAGGUAAUCAAAUAUGUAUCCUAGUGCUAUACAAGCAAUAGGUGGAGGGCUGGUGGCUACCCAUAUCAGAAUUAAAUGCAAUUAACUGUAAUUGAUUUAAGCAUGCUCCUAAUUCCAGCUCCCUCAUUGGCAAACAUUCACAUACAAAAAUUUUCAACAAACCUCAACUUGUCAAACGGAAGCGGGUCACAGCACUCAUGAACUAUUUGUUGUUGACAGUGUACAAAUGAAAUGGAAAAACUGACUUGAUCUACAUCCUUGCAAACAACAUGAUCAAUGUGACUGGCACAUUUCUGCCAGUAGAGUACAUAUAACUGGAGUCCUAUUUGGGUGGGAUUACAUGAGAAAAAGCAGUUUUGUACAUCUUUCCAUAAGUCUCAGAAAGAUCUUACUACACUUAUGCAAUGCAAAUCAGCGGAUCUGUUAUACCUUUGAAUUCUAGAUGAUUAAAAAAAUCUCAGAUUUUUUACUCUGUGUCUAACAGUUUGUGAGCUGUAUACAAUCAGAUACUUACUGGUACACAGGCACCACAGUUAUGGCUUGCCUACUAUUUAUUGUACAUUUGACCAAGUAGCCCUGGGUAGAAAUACGGGCAAUCUCUAGUCAUAUGGAGCACAGACCAAGUCAAACGUCAUUGUAUGUAUUCUGUGUACAUAGCUGUAGUGAAGUAUUUGUAGCUGUUGUCAUGCCUAUGUUAGUUCUAUGUAUAUUAUUAGGAAAAGCAGUGCUAGUAACGAUACCUCACAACUCAUAACACAUGGUGCCAAGAGACAGAAAUGUGAGGGAGAGUUUCACUUUGUUGACAGGUAAAUAUGUGCUGUAUAGGCCAGAUGAAGCAAAACCAUGUAUAAAGUUACAUUUACAGUCCUGAGACUGUUGUUUUUGUCAGAGUUUCUUUACUGAUUGUAAAAUGCUGUUGUACUCAAUAUUGAGUACUGGUAUGUGUGCUAUCAGUGUAUUGUAACAUGCAAGUCUCAUUGGACAAGUUUCUCAAUAGGAUUUUGUUACUGACAGUUUUCUGAAUGAUUCCCCCAGCUUUGAAUCAAGAUAUCUGGAAAUAGUAUGAUAUCAUAGAUGUAUUUAUAGGAGGGAGCCAUUUUAGUGAUAUGUGACCUAAAGUAUUUCAUGUCAUCCGAGCAUGAAGAUGUGGUUGUUUCUACACGAACUGUGGGUUCUGCAAACCCUGAGCAGUCAAGCCAUACCCGUAGUAUCUCCCGUGAAAUUUCUAAACAAUGCAUUUUGUCAAUAACAAUGUAUAGAGCAACAGUGGAGAAAACAUAUUUUGUUGUUGUGUAGGUUGAGAAGCAACAUUGGAACACCACACUGCAUCUUAACCAGUUAUGUUAAUUACUUACUGUACCCCAUGUUUUGGUCUACAAUCCACUAUGCUAAGAAUCCUAUUGUGUAACUGUUUAUAGGAUGUAGAUAUUUUAGUUACUUCUCACAUGUGUACAAUAUGCUAGCUUCAAGUAUUCAAGUAUUAUUUUUAUACAGUAAACUUUUGUACUGCAUUUAAAUGAAAUAUUAGUACAUUCUCUAAUAUUAUUGCCAUGGGUAGACUUGUAUUAGAUAACCCAUGUAGUGGUCUAACAGUGUUGUAAGUAUUUGUCGUAGUGUUCACUGAUAAUGUGCCUGUGAAGUGUAUGCUUUUCACAUUAUUGACAAUGAUGGAAUUGUAAGAUGUGUCGUGAUCAAGGUGCAUGAAGUCCUUGGGGAGAUUGCCUUGAUUUUGUUAGUUUGCCAGGCAGCUUCUGUUACAACAUUAUAGCGCAAGGGAGAGGAAGGAAUACUGUACCAUAGGUUUACUGCAAAGGAAUAUUGUAUACAGGUCUGAUGGAUGUGAACUAAAAAAUAUAGACACAUUGCUCAAAAUCAAAACAGUGCUGUGAGACACUGUCGUACAACACAGUAUGAUUUGCAGUGGUUCUGGUGCAAGCUGCCACACAGGCAUUACUCUUGCACUGUAUAAUGAACCUCCCUUCCUUGGGAGGAUGAUCAUUCCAGCCAGCAGUGGUUGUUCAGCAGUCGUUGUAACACCAAGUAACAGAAAGUCUUCAGGCUGGUGUUGAUGGCAUACUCAAUUUAAUGUUUAUUCACUAACCACAUAACUAUAUACAUAUAUAUAAAUAUAUAUUAUGAUGUGUCCAUGUAAUGAUGUGGGGAUGGGUGUGAUGAUUGUAUAUCAUGACAGAAACCUGAAAUAGAGUAUGCUGUCCAUAUGGACAGUUUGUAGAUGGCUCUUACCCAGUACUAGUAUCUUAGAACCAAUAAAUGUUCUAUUUUUUCCAUGUUA